AUGAGUCGCAAAGCGUGGAAUGAAGUGAAAAAGCCCGACAUGUUGGAAUGUCUAAAGACAUUCAGAGCUAAUGGGCAGCCUCCAAAGGUUAUGGUGAAUUGGAAGGAAGCAGUAAAUAUAGAGACCCUGAAAAUAGAAGAGCUAAAAUCUGGCUUUGAGAAAAUGGAUGUAGACGAAACAGAAAUGGCACAACUGUUGGGCAUAGCGGAAACAAGGGAAAAUCUAAUCGUAAUGGCGAUAGCCACAAUUUUAACAGCGCUAAAAAUAAGUGGUAGUCAUAAUCCAGGUGCAGGUAUUGAUAAAGUUUCCAUAAAAGAAAGAAUUGUUGAGUUAGAUUCGUUAAUUGGCAGUAAAAAAUAUGUUAAGCAGAAGGAUAGGUUGCAAACGGAUGUAGAGAAGUUUCUCGAAGAAUACAGUAAAAGCACAAUAGAUAAAGCGACACCCCAUGAUAUGCGAGCUUUUUUAGUGUAUAAAGAAUCGUGUGGGAAAACAAAAGUGCAUAGGAAAGAUUGUCUUGUUGUUUCUGGGACAGGUUGUCAUUGUGAGUGUCUCUUAGACAUGAGUGCAAAUUCUGUGGACAGUUUGAUAGGAAAAUUAAGAGCAAUCUUUAGGGAUAGAGGUAGGGGUUCUAAAUGGGAUGCAGAUUUGGGCACUGGCAAUCCUUUAGCGUCCUUAAGUAUAAAAAACCAUCUGAAGGCAUUAAAAAUGGAGCAAUUGCAGGCGGAUGUGAUUCCGAUACACGCCGUACCGUUAUUUUUGGAUAAGGCUGCCAAGUUGGACAGAUAUUUGGAGUUUUAUUUAACAAGACCUUUGUUGAUUAGAGAAGAAUAUCUAGUUAGAAGGGAUAAGGCGUUUAUAAAGUUUAUAUGUCAUUCUGGUGAUAGAGCAGGUGAUUUAGCGAAUCUUAGGACGGAUCAAAUAAAACAAACCGAGAAAGGUUUGUUAGUUCGUAUGACACAGGGUAAAACAAUAAAACAGAAGCUAGAAUAUUUUGUGUAG